AUGCAUUUAAUGUAUUAUAUUGACGAAGGUGGUAACCGUGUUUAUACGCUCAAGAAACGUAGUCCAAGUGGUGGAAUUACCAAAUCUGCUCAUCCAGCAAGGUUCUCACCCGACGAUAAGUUUUCGCGUCAGCGAGUUCUUUUAAAAAAGAGGUUUAAGAUUUUACUGACAGAUCUACCAAGCAAACCUAUGUAA